CGCGACGCGCGCGCCGCCAUGUUCGACCGCGCGAGCGCGCGCGCGCGGCGCGCGAAGAAGUACGGCCAGCCCAUCUACGCCGGCGCGUGGCUGGACGAUCGCACCGCGCUCCUCGCCGGGGGCGGCGGGAAGAAGUCGAGCGGGAUUCCGAAUCGAAUCUUGAUCGCGUCGUGCGAGCGUGGCCCGCACGGAACGACGCUGGCGGACGCCGAGGCGUGGACGCACACGGACGAAGACGCGCCGCAGCGGCUGGCGGUGCACCCGGGGCGCGAACACGUGGUGUGCGCGUUCGGGGGGACGCUGGGGGUGUUUCGAGCGCGGCGAGGCGCGAACGACGGCGCGGACGAGGGCGCGUCGUCGUCGGGAACGAACGGGGAGGCGCGGUGGACGAUCGAAUCGUGCGCGAGCGCGUUGGGACUGCCGAAUCGCGUGCACGUGACGCCGGAUGAGCGGGAGAUUAAGUGCGCGGCGUUCGACGCGGAGGGCGCGCGGUUGGCGCUGGGAUUGGAGAGCGGGGAGGUAAAGAUUCUAGCGUGGCCGUCGUUGGAGGUGGAGAAAGAGCUCGGGGCGCACGAGAAAGGGGCGGUGACCGAUAUCGCCUGGGCGCCCGACGGCGAUGGGCUGUUGACGACGUCGGCGGAGAACGCGACGGCGAGUAACAUCGGUCGCGGCGCCGCGGUGUGGAGCGUCGAGCGCGGCGAACGCGUGCUGACGUUGUUCGACGAGUCCAUCGUGAAGAAGAGCGGGGUGCGGAACGUGGUGUUUCGCGGCGCGGCGUACGGCCGAGGCACGAACGCGUCGACGAGCGUGGCGUGGACUGGGGUGAAUCUAGACGGCGAAGGUUGGGUGGUGAAGUGGGACGUCGCCACGUGGAAAGUCAUCAGCAAGGCGCGAGUGUUCAAAAGCGAGCCCAUCUCCGGGUUCGCGGUGAACGCGCAGGGUACGCUCAUCGCCGUCGGAAGCUCCGAAGGCGAAGUAAAAGUCGUGGACGCGCAAAAGUUUACGCUCAUUAAACCGGUGAAGAAGGCGCACAUGAUUUUCGUCACCACCAUGGCGUGGAAUCCCAAAGGAAACGUCGUCCUCUCGGGCUCCGCCGACGCCAGCGCUUUGGCGACGAAGAUCGAAAAGCAGUCAUGGACCUUGCGUUUGGUGCUCUGGUUCACCGUGUUCGUGAUGUUGAUCGUCGGCUGGAUAACGUUGCUGUCGACAAUCUUCCCCGACCCGCUCGCGCGCGCGCUCGAAGACGGCGAUUACGCCCGCGCCGCGCAAGCCGUCGCCGACUAUUUCAGCGAGACCAAGAUCCCGGCCGCGACGUUAGAAACGAUCGAGGACGCCGUCGCCGGCGUCUCCGCCCGCGACGAGCUUUAGGUUCGCGCUCCUUCG